AUGCCCAGCAACAAGUCCGCGGCGUGUGUCAUGUGCUCGGCGCGGACCAAUCCGAGGGCCCGCCGGGAAGCAGCCUUGCCGCUGCCUCCAACGCCACCAUCGAAGCGCUCAUUAGGCGCCUACUGUGUGCACCUGCUGUUGGAGGGGGAGGGCGGUCACCAGAAGGCAGUUGCAGAGGAGGACUCCUAUAAAAGCGCAGGUCCCUGCCUCGGCAGCCACGGGACACCUGCAUCUGCCAACAAGACUGGAAGCAGGAACGGACAGAGACAGCGAAGUUUGACGGUCUGGAAAGCAGAAAUCAGUGGGGCUGACUGCUUGGGAGCACCAAGUAUACGGACAGCGCCUCUCGGGGGUUCCAAGGAGAGAACCGCGAUCUGUUUCAGCACCGGGGCUCAGGACAGUUCCCAGAGGGCUCCAUUUCGGCGCCAGAACCCUGGACAACUCCCCCAGACUUCAGUGAGGAACCUUGUGCCAAGCAUUGUACAUACAGCAUAUCAUGCCAUCUUCAACCCUAGGACAUGGGUGUUACUGUGCCCAGGUGACAUUUGGGGAAUCCAAGACCCCAAAAAAGGCAGAAAAAUAACCCACGCAGGGGCUUUCAGCCCACAAGUGAAGCUGAGAACCGGGAAUGGAAAACAGGGAGGCAGCACAGAGGCAGGAAGCCCAGGUGUCACAGCUUGGCUCAGCUUGGAAUGUACUCCCCCCACCUCCACCCAGAGCUCCCCACAACUGACCCUGCCUUCUUCUGCAAGCUCCGUUUCAUCAAGGGAAAUGAUCCUUAUUGCCUCACCAUUGCCCACGUGAAGUCUGUAUUGACAUUCUCAUAGACCUAGGAUAUUGUGUCUGCAGCACACAGUCCAGUUAUUUUCAUGUUAUCUACUGACAGGUCUAUUUGUCUCCCUGUUACACUGUGAGCUCCGUGAGGACAGAAACAAUGUUUGUAUUUUCACUGCUGUGUCCCCAGUGCCUGGUCCAGGGCCCCGGCACACAGCAGGCAUACAAUAAGCAUGUGUUGAAUCAAUAAAGGCAUCAAAGAAUAAACCAAUACAUCAAUCAAUAAAUGAAUGAAUGGCCUC